AUGCCGUCGCCGCCCAGCAGCAAGAUCCUCUAUGAGGAAGGCACGACGCACGGCGAUCUCAGUGAGUUCCUGACAAACUGUUGGACUGCGAAUGGUCCUGAGAAGAACUAGACUUCCAUGUUUCUAUCGAAAAUCCACUAGAAAAGAUAAUUAUCUGUUUGACACGAAGAAAAAUAUUGAAACAUAAUUAAAAUAAUGAAAACUUCAAAUAAAAGAAAAAAAUGGAAAGCGCGACCGAAAUUCGCAAAGGCAAGGCGCUUUUACGGCCACAAGGCCACCCAACGGAGUGUCGUUCCAUGAAAUUUCAAGUCGUGGCACAUCGACUAUAUUUUAUGGUUUUUUUCGAGUUUGAGGUGUCCGUUUUCAAAAACUAGGAAGUUGUGAAGGUUGAGACUCUCAGAAUCUUCAUCUGGUACAUCAAGAAGUAUUCUGGCAGAUUUUCAGAAAAUUUCCAACCGAAAAGUUAAAUGACUUUCCUUGGGAGGCUGAGGCGAUCUGAGGUACUCCCAUCGAACAGCCUGAGUUCAUUUUGAAAUUUUCGAAACCAAAAAAUAAUAAGACUUUCCUGUCGGUGAAGUGUGGGGUUAGAGUUUUCAUCGAAAUAAAUCGAUUCCAACAACUUCAGCCACCUGGGCGCCGACGUCGUCGGCGCAAGGAGGACGUCGUCGAGCGCGCAAGUCACGACUUCCGUGCAUCUGCGUCGCGGUCACCGCCGUGCUCCUUAUGUUCCUCAUCGGUCUCUCCGUCGGCGCUUUCCUUCAUCAACUUGUCUUUCCCGACGGCGGAUCUCCUCUCGUGAGUCUAGUUGUUGAAUCGGUAUCAGGGUGGGAAAAGUGAGGCUUGGUUUAUUUUGCAAGACCUUGGCCACUUCAUUGAUCACUAUUUCAGGCAUUCAUAUCCUUCUCGGCAUCAUCAAACAAGUCGACAAGACUGGAGCAUGCAGGUAUAGUCAACACCGAAGAGGAAGAGAAAGUUUUGACGGUGACAUCAGAAGAAGUAAGUUUUUCUUCCGGUAUAAAUCUGAUUUACAUCUUCAGAAGGACGACGAAGGAAUGGACGAAGAAAAAGAAGAGACUGAUUCUGAUGAUAAAGAGGAAAGCGAUGAAGACAAAAACAAAGAAGAAGACGACGUUGAUGAAAGAUAA